AGCCGGCGGCGGCCGCGCACGGAGAGGACGCCCCGCCGUUGCCGCGCAACGCAGGCGCUUCCCUGGUUACCGGUCGGGGCGGCGCGGGCAGCAUGGGGCCGCCGCGGUGUCUGUGCGAGAUCUGCACCUGCGGGCGCCAUCGCUGCCCUCAUAAACCCACAAGGAUUUAUGAUAAUGGACAACAGCCAUGCCUCACAACAGAGUAUGUGGAAAAAUACCCCAAGUAUAGCAACAUCUCUCCUCCCUGGAGCUUUAAGCCGAAACAAGAGUACCAAGUGCAUCAUGGGAAAAUGGAAGGAAUUACAACAUUUAAGUCUGAUUAUUUACCAUACGAUAUUGUGAAGCAACAUUUUCAGGUACAAGAAGAAUAUAAACCAAAGACGGGAGGGAUAGAACUGGGAACCACAUACCAGAAAGAUUACAAUGCUCAUAAAAUACAACCAGUGACAUUAGUAAGACCUCUAGAGAGAAAACACACUACAGGAGGAAAACUGGAUACCAUACCAACCUAUCAAGAUGACUACAGGCCAUGGGAAGUUCCAAGAAGGGAACCUACUAAAGCAGUAUGUAUAUACCACCCACCUACAGAGAAGUUUGGAAAUUCUACUACGUUUCAAGAUGACUUUGUUCCUAGGGAACUGAAUCCCAGACAAAGUUUUAAACCUCCUUGUGUAGCCAAGCUUUCAGAUGUGCCUUUCGAUGGUGCUACCAGCCAUCGCACCUCUUAUAUUGCUCAUCAACUGGAACCAAAAUUUAUAAGACCAAAAGAAGAGUACAAGCCAAGCAACCAACCCUUUUUAGAUCUCACAACCCACCGGAAUGAUUUUAAAGGUCUACCUGGAGAACUUGCAAAAAGCUGCAAGCCUGAAAUUGCAAAAGUUGGCUCCAUUGCUCAUUUUAAUGGAGUCACUGAAUUCCAGGAUCGUUUUCAGCCAUGGCUGGUCGCCUUACCUGAGGUCCGCAAAACCAGAGAGUAUGUUCCACCCUCAGGCAGCAUUGAUUUUAACUCCACAAGCCAUCUUGAUUACGUUAAGCAUGAAAUUUCGCCUGCUUUCCCCAUAAGACCAGUUUCUAAUAGAAGAAGAACCAAUGCCCCUUUCCAAGGGAGUACUACUACAAAAGAAGAUUUUAAAGCUUGGGGUACCUGUCGACAAGAGAUUAUUAAGCAACAACAGGAAAUUCCAAAACCCAUGGGAAAAUUUUAUGAUUUAACUACAUUCAAAUCCCAUUACACACCACAUCAGAUCACUCCAGCUCAGAGUUUCAAACCUGUACAUGCUAUAGCUCUUAAUUCAGGUCCUUUUCAAGAUGAAACUAUGUAUCGCACAGAAUACACUCCAAAGAAACCAGAGAUCUGCCCAGCAAACUAUCCAUCUCCUCCAGGUUAUGUCUAUGUAAACACAGAUUCUCAUGGUCACAAAUUCUUCCGCCAGUGUACUCCAGAAUUUUCCAAGUCAAACAGUAAUCCUAUUCCAAAGGAAAUAGCUGUUGUGUCAUAAUACCGAACUGCAGUAUUUCAAGCACCCUGGUGAAAGAAUUGAAGACCUACUUGUUAAUUUUUUUCUUUAAAAUAACACUGAAAGCAAAUAAUGCAAAUUCUGCUUUUAAAAGCAUUUAAACUAAUAGCUUGAAAGAAAUCAAAGCAAAACCAGAAGUUUAUUACAAAAAAAAUAGAAACUUGCCAAAUUUUAUAGGAAUAAUGCACCUUACACAGAAUCUAUUCUUUUUUUUGAUCAUGCAUUCUAGUUUCCUUGACUUCCCGAAUUUUAUAACACUCCAUCUCAAGCAUAGGUAUUGUACAUUUAAUUCUUUCGGAUUUUCCACAAAUCAAAACUGUAUUUGUGAAAUAGCAAGUAUCUUUUGAUCAUAAUUUCUUUUCAUAGUAAGCAAAUAAUGCUGUAAUCUAAAUAAUCAGCUCAUCAGUCCAGUUUUUCAUCUCAUCAAUACUUUGAGUAACCUGAUAAGAAGAUUUUUUCUUUCUAUUAUUUUGCUGCCCAAAUCAUGAGAUAGAAUCCCGUCACACCUCAGCAUUCCUAAAAACCCGGGUUUAGAGUUUGUCAUCAUUACUUUUCCUUCAUUCAGUUCCGAGGAGAGUAUAAAUGUCACACUCUAAUUUCUGGCAGCAAUUAACAAGAAGUAUCCUUGCUCUGCUCCUGUACACAUAUCUGAGAUCACUCAGACAUAAAAAGCAGAUCAUUAGACUCUGUUUCCUAAUUUCCCUGACCAUGCUUUUUCAGCCUUACUCCCAAAAGAAACACAGCAUUGGACUCACUGACACACUGCAACCUUCCCACCUGAGUAGUUUUUAAACUCAGUGUGCAAACUCAAUCAAAUUUCACAAAGAAAUUUCACAGAUGAUUGUUUUUCAAGUUUUUAAGGUAGAUGGCGAGGAAGCAGAGAGAAUCAGGCUCAAAAAGUUAACAUCCACCCGCUGCAGUUUUUGAUCCUGCUAUCUUAUUUUUAAAGCUAAGCAGCCUGUUAUCACUGCCCGAGUUCACUGCAGAGGCAGUCUGAUGGGAAAAUGGCAGAAAACCAUAAAGGUGUAUGUAGAGAUAACAGAAAACAGUGUAAACUCAGUUAAAAAACAAAAAAAAUACCAGCCAAGAUGCAGGAAUCUGUAGACAGUCUGUCUUCAGCCUGUCUGCUCUACAAAGAAUUACUUGUUAAAAAACACAGGAAGCAAAAUAUUUACCAAAAUUGUACAUGCAGUGAUUAUGCUUCUGUAUGGGAUAUUUAGUAUUUUCUCUAUGUUUCUUCACCUGAUUUGGGGAAAUCUAGAUGAACUAAUUUCAAUCCUACUAUGUUCAUGAUUUAAGCAAGACCCAAUAAAUAAUUCUAUGAUUAAUGGUAUCAUGUUCUAUCACAGUACUCCAGUAUGAUUUUUUUCAGUAUUGCAUAUCUUGUACACAUUGGUAUAGGGCAGUCAUUUGGGUUCCGAAGAAUUACGUGCUCUUCAUAACCAAAUCACCAAUAAAAGGACUAAGAUUGAUGAUGGAAACACGUUGUAAGCAGGAACUGGAUCCUAUGCAAGGAAGAAAGCUGAACUGAGUAUAUUAGCUGUGCAUAAAAGCAUUGUAUGAGAGCGCUCCAGACAUUAUUAAAGCAUCGGUUACUUUUAGGUGAUUUUUGUCUUUGUACUGUGUUUUUGUAAUACGACUUACUCUGUUAAAGAAAAAAUAUUUCAAUUAACAUUUUCUCUUCAAAGAUUAUUCACAUCCCCAGCUGGUAAAGACAUGUUUUGGACUGAGAAUGAACAAGGACAAUAUAAAUCUGUGAUAUCCUUGAAGUAGGACAGGAAAAAGUACAAUUUAUUGUCAUCCUUCUAAACCAGAGAAGAAAACAAACUACAAACACCCUUUUUUUUUUACGAAACUUGAGCCAUUCUCUGUCUGGCCACAACUGAGGAAACAAAGUCAAAACUGUGCACAGUUACACCUACACAGUCUUGGUUCCUCAUGAGAAAUUUACAGAAUAUCCUAAGAUCCUGCAAGGUUUCUUUUCUAGGGAG